GUUUUUCUUUCUUGACCACCACCAUCUUACAUGCAUCCGACGUCGGCGAUUUCGAUUUCGAUAGGAAUAUACGGUCAUUGUAAACGACGAUAGGACGGCAAUACUAGGAUGACACCGACGACCAUCUUCUGGCCUACAGAUCUUGUCGAGCCGGGAUUUUGCUUCGGUUGGAGGAAGCCCGCUUUGUGUGUUGCAGGGCGUCUGUCUGUGGACACGCUAUCAGAGGCAACGGCCGCGGUCGAGAUCGUUUCAGCCUCGCCUGAGUACCGUUCCUUGCGUAACACCUGUGGGGAGGAUCCAGUCGUAUUCGGCAAAUUCACCUGUGAACAAAAUCAAAAGAUCACGGUUCCGAUUUUCCAUUUUCUGGUCCCUAAGUGAGCCUUCUUGGAAUACAUGCGCUUUAUUCUUCACAUGGCACAGGGAAUAUGUUGUUGUCUACUAUUACCGCCACCUUCCGACGACUCUCCGCUUCUAUUCUCUGGAAGCUUUGAGACUUGACUAUCAUGCUCAGG